AUGAAUUUAUCGUUAUUCGAUGAACGUUCCGAGCUGCUACUGGCCAACAGUGAUCGUGAUCAUCACAAUGAUCAUCAUCAUGGAAUUAGAAGCGUCCACUUAAAUUCUCAAAACAAACAGCAAGUACAUCGGUCGAAAUUACAAGAUCUCAAUCAAGACAUGCUCUCUGUAAUUUUAAAAUUUUGUUCCGAUACAACGGAUAUUGAAUCUUUGAAGUAUUCGUGUAAGAGUUUGUAUUGGUUGAUCUCAGUUAGAUUUGAUUUGCUCCGAGAGGAUUUUCAAGCAGAAAUAAUAAUUUCAUGGGAUAAUUUUCACAUAUUGUUGGAGAGUAUUGAACACAGUUGUUUUAAACUAAUUGAAGAUGACAACAAAUCAACCUUAACAGAUUCUAACUUUCUCACCUACUAUGAUACUGUUUUACAAUCUCAACACGUUUCGCUAGCUCGUUUUAUUGAAAAUUGGAAACUCAAAUAUCCUGAUAUUGUUGAUACGAAGAAUUGGACCGUGAAUGCAUGCCGAUUAUUUAAGAAAUUUAUUCUUCAUGUAAUUAUUGCUAACGAGGAGGCUUUGAAUAAUGCUGUUGUCACGAUUAACAAUAAGGAGUCUGGACAUUGUAUAUAUUCUGGAUUUAUAUUCUCUACACCAGAAGAAAAUAUUGAUCUGAAGAAGGGAAUAGUUUAUGAGAAUUUUAAGGCGCUUUAUAGAUUUCGAGGAGACAAUUAUUUACAGCAGCAAUUUAUUUCAAACAUAAUUUUUUACAUUAUUUUUAGACAUAGACUCGUAAAAUUGAUGGAAAAAACAAAUAUUUCGUUGAAAAAGAUUUAUAGCAAAAACAUUAUUCGGAAAUUUAAAUAUUUAUCAAGAAGUGACAAUACCAAAGCACGAAAUGCAUUUUACAAUUUUCUGUGCAUUCAAGACAAUGUUUUACGGAGAUUUAAGUAUAAUGUAUUGAAUGGAAAAACUUUAUUGCCUAAAAUUGAGAAGUUUGAAAAAGAGGGCAUUCAAUUCCUAAACAUGAUUGCUUUUGAGCAUAUGAAUAUGAAGGAGAGAGAACAUUUCUUCAAGAUUGCAAUCAAACAUUGCUAUGGAUCAACACUCUCAAUUUCAAACGAAUGGAGAGAACGUUACUACAAUCAAGUUCAACAUUUAAAAGACGUUUGCUAUGAAGAAAUUAUUUGUACCCACAACGAAUAUGGAUUGCACUUUGAAUUUUUAACAUUGGAAUUUGAUCGUACAAUUUGUGCAACACGCCUCAACAAACUCACCAUUCCUCUCUACCCUAAUUCAGAGUUGUCAGCAAUUCGUUUCGAUCAAUGGAGUGAGUUUGAAGCACUGAUUCCAGGUGUGGGAACAUUUGACAAAUGUUGCACGAGGUGCUGUUCUCAUCCUUCACUUCGAUAUUUGAAUUGCACAUGUUUUUUCUGUUUUUGGUGUUGCACUUGCUGUUGCUGCUACAGGCACCCGAAAAGUGAUCAAUUUGAAUGGAUGUCCUUACUUGGUCUUACUCAUCGAUGGCUUCCAGUGCUGGAUUUUUGGAAUUGUGUGGACGUUUGCUUGGGUAAACCUAUACAAGAUAUUUAUUCUAAUGUGGAAACAAUCGAAUAG